AUGGCGUUGCUGUCAUCGCGCAACAUUCCUUGGCGCGAGGCAACCGAACGCUACUUUGAGACUAUGAAUCCCUGGUUCUCUGUAAUCCAUCCAGAACUCUUUGCCAUCCGUACGGACAACCUAGGGUCAGGGGCCAGCUCCAAUGCCGAUCAAGGGCCCCGCGACCCUGCUGUUGCUCUCCUAAUCGUCUGCAUGCAGCUCGUCUCUCAGUACGAUGAUGAAGCUGCUGCCGCGAGCACCAAUGUCAAUGAGGGUAAGGACAUGAUCGAGAUGCCAGCGUACAGGGCUGCCAAACGAGUCCUGAGCGUCUUACGUGGUCUUUCUGCUCCUAGCAUUGAACUUGUCCAAUGUUCCAUCCUGCUGGCACUCUUUGAGUUUGGCCACGGUGAUGUAAUGCGUGCCUAUGUGAGUAUUGGAGAUGCAAAUACCAUGGCCAUGGUCUUGCGCAUCGGCCCUGGGAAGUAUAUCGAAGCUGAACGAGAGGCCAAUAUUCCUUAUGAGGAGGAAGAACGCCGCUGUGUCUAUUGGAGUCUUUUCGUCCUCGAUCGUCUCAUCCAUGUCGAUUGCUCUCUCAUCCAUAUGCCACUUCAAGUACCGUCCCCAGCCGCCGAUGAUCUACUGCCAACAAGCAAUCUCAUUUGGCACAAUCAGAAUCAAUCGCCCACGCGUUCUGUUCAGCGACACCCUGCGAGCGUGGCCCCUUCGGUACCUCUGGGGCCAUUCCAGAGAAAUUGUCAAUGUGCAAUGCUCUAUACGAGAGCCUAUUCUCCGAAACCCCAAGGGAACCCCAAUGCCUUGUUAGAGGAGUAUGUCGAACUAGAUAUCGCAACACGUGCUCUAGUCGAGGCUAUGAUCAUGCAGACUUCUCGUUGGGGAGAUUUCUACGAGUGUUUCGCCACUUGUACAUGCCUCCUCCUUUUCCUUUACUGUCGCCAACUUCGCGCCGCCAACACCAUAUCCGCUGCAGGGCCCUUUUCUCCGACCGCCGAUGAUAUCGCCCCUAAAGCCAUCGCCGGUCUUAAUUUCACAAUCCGUAUUAUUGCCGACACUACAACCGACUUGAACGACCAACUCGCCCAUCGCCCUCACCUUCUCGCCCCCUGCUCACCUGUCACGCCAUACUCGGCAUAUCACUGCCUCAUGGUCCUGAGCCACCUCGAGCAUCUAAUCCCCGAAGCUGACACAAGGUUUCACAACAUAUUUGCGUCAUUGCACUUUUUUGCUAAGAGAUGGGGAGUCGCUGGACAACUUGUCAACAAGGUUGAAAUGUUUCUAGCAGACGCUGACGAGACACAAUGGUGCUUCAUGGAUGAAUGA